AUUUUCCUUCCACAAAUCAAGGCCCAGAACAAGCAUUGGGCUGGGAGCUAUCAACCCAAAGUGAUAUGCAGCACCAUACCUUUCUUGCUCUACUUUUCUUAUUGGCCAAUUUCACAGAGUAGAAUCAUAUUCUAGGGCUUCCUCUUUUGUAUCUGAACUUGGAAUUGCAGUUGAAAAAUGGCGGACGAAGCAAAUAGAACUGCUUUUAUUGAAAUUCAGGGUCGAAUGAUAGAGACUACCGGGAAAUUGAAGCAGGUUCAAACCCAGAUUCGAAACAAAGAAACAGAAAAGAAGCGUGCUUAUUUGACAUUAGAGGAACUGAAGCAGCUGUCUGAUGAUACCAAUACAUACAAAGCCAUAGGAAGAACGUUUAUCUUAGAGCCAAAGGCUGUGUUAAUGAAUGAGCAAGAGCAAAAGCUCAAGGAUGGUGAAGCUGCAAUUGGCUCUUUGCAGACUUCUAAAGAGUAUUUGGAAAAGCACAUGGCAGAGGUGGAGAAUAACCUUAGGGAGCUCUUGCAACAAGAUCCUGGUCUUGCUCGUCAGAUAAUGACUAUGUCUGUAGCAUAGGUUUUCUGCUUCUGAAGUUCCUUUUGUCAACUCUUUCCUUGGAAGAACAAAAAGAUAGCUUCUCAAAGAUUUUCUGGAACUUCAAAUUCUAGGUAAAGUAUACAUUAUGUACUGGCUGUAUGAGGAACUUAUCCACCUGAUUUCUGGCACUUCAACUAUUGCUGCUGCGUUGGUCGUAAAUUGUAAUGCUUGCUUCUAUUGGACCUAGAGUUGGUCGAGAGUUGUAAUUCAUGAGAAAUGUUGUGUAUUCAAGAUACUCUGCGGUUUUGUUUUAGUUCUUGUCCUGUUUUAUUUCUAUUUGGUAAUUCCCCAAAAAGGAUACUAACUAGUAAGUUCAGUAUUUCACUAUCAACAACAUACCCAUUGUUUA